UAUACAUUCUUGUUAACUGAACUGUCUACAUAUUUUAUGAUUUGUAAUUUCUUCGCCCUGUGUGUAUGUAUGUGUAUCGAUGAAAAAAUCAACACCACUGGCUUCAUAGUCACUUUCUAAAAAAAAUCAUAUUUUCCUCUGAUGAACUGAUUAUUUGUUUUCAUUGAGAAGAGUGAGCAAUAUGUUACGCAAAGAGACUAAUGGUGAAGAGAGACGACUUAAUAGAGAUGAAGAGGACGAGGAGGAGGAGGAAAAUGAUAGGGGUCAUGAUGCGUGGGAAAGAACUUAUGCAGAUGAGAGAUCUUGGGAGGCUCUGCAGGAGGAUGAAUCUGGACUCCUUCGCCCUAUUGACAACAAAACCCUCUACCAUGCUCAGUAUCGUCGACGCCUUCGCACUGCAACUGCUGCUCGAAUUCAGAAGGGCCUUAUUCGCUAUCUAUACAUUGUCAUCGAUCUCUCCCGGGCAGCUACAGAGACAGACUAUAAACCAAACCGAAUGGUCGUGGUUGCUCGACAAGUUGAGGCUUUCAUCAGGGAGUUCUUUGACCAAAAUCCUUUGAGUCAAAUUGGUCUGUUAACCUUAAAAGAUGGGGUUGCUCAUUGCCUAACAGAGCUUGGUGGCAGUCCUGAGUCUCAUAUCAAAGCAUUGAUGGGUAAGUUGGUGUGCUCAGGUGAUGCCUCCCUGCAAAAUGGCUUAGAUCUCGUACACAGCCUUCUCAAUCAAAUCCCAUCAUAUGGUCACCGUGAAGUCCUUAUGCUGUACUCCGCUCUUAGCACUUGUGAUCCAGGUGAUAUAAUGGAAACAAUCCAAAAGUGCAAGUCAUCUAAGAUUAGGUGCUCGGUAAUUGGUCUCUCUGCUGAGCUCUACAUAUGCAAAUAUCUUUGCCUAGAAACUGGUGGAUCGUACUCUGUUUCCUUGGAUGAGCCUCAUUUAAAAGAAUUAGUGCUCGAGCACGCACCACCACCUCCAGCCAUAGCAGAAUUUGCAAUCUCAAAUUUGAUCAAGAUGGGUUUUCCACAAAGAGCAGCAGAAGGUGUUAUCUCAAUCUGUUCGUGUCAUAAAGAGGCCAAGGUUGGUGGAGGCUACACUUGUCCAAGAUGCAAAGCACGUGUUUGUGAGUUGCCUACGGAAUGUUGUAUAUGUGGACUGACCCUUGUUUCCUCACCCCAUUUGGCAAGAUCAUAUCAUCAUCUAUUUCCUAUUACACCGUUUGAUGAUGUAGCAGUAUCUAGUGAUCCACACAAAGUGCCAAAAAAUUGUUUUGGUUGCCAACAAAGUCUCCUAGCUCCUGGAAAUUUGCCAGGUCCAUCUGUUGCUUGUCCUAAAUGCAAACAACAUUUUUGUCUCGACUGUGACAUUUACAUUCAUGAGAGCUUGCACAAUUGCCCUGGCUGUGAAAGCUUCAUACAUUCGAAGUCUCAAUAGUGAGGACAGAUGACAGCAAUGAAAUUGUUUUCCCCUGAAUAAUGCCUGUUUCGUGUAUGCAAGAAAUCGGAGGAAAAGGAAGGUUAUGACACAUUGUUUAGGCUCUCUUAGUUGCUUUGCGAUCACAUCUAUCGAGCUUGUGAAUUUACACGCUAGAGAAUUUAUGCCGGGGGAACUGAUAGGGAUUAAGAGGUGAGGAGAAGAUGAUGGGGCUCAAAAGGUAAAGGUUGCUCGAGGAUAUAAGAUUAGUUUAAAGAAGUUUGUAUAAAUUAUAAUUUUUAUAAUUACUGUUUUGCAUUAUAAGGUAAAUUCUCCAUUGUAUCGAGGUGACGUGCUCUUU